AUGGGGUUUGAUGACGCGUAUCAGGUGAUAGGGUUCGUGGGAGGCUGCAUGUUUCCGCUGUCGACAGCGGCUCAGACGUACAAGGUUCUUAGGACCAAAUCAGCCACCGAUAUAAGCUACGCCUGGCGCAGGCAAUUCAUUUUUGCUCUCGCACAUCUUCUCUACCUCGUUUAUUCCAUUCAUUUCGGCUUAUGGGUCAUUUACAUCCCUCAAUCCGUGGAGAUUGCGCUCUUAAUCUUCAUGAUUGCUGCCAAAGUGUAUUUUGACAAUUUCGGACCCAGGAGCAAGCUCACACGUGCCACCGCGAAGAGUGCGUCCACCACAGGUGAGACCACCAUGUCUUCCAUUUCAUAG